CAUCGAUUGAAAGGGUACAUGCAGGAAAAGGGCUACAAUCUGAUGCUCUUUUUGAGCAUGGCGAUGGACGUUAUUGACGUGUUAGCCUCUCAGCUCACACCCCAGCUGCAAGAACACAGAUGCGAGUGUAGCCAAUGCGAGUACUACCGCUCUCCAGAAUGGCAGAUGGUGGCACCGGAAGGUUUGACACGUGAGGCCUUAUCACCGCGUCGAUUUCAUCAACGCGGGUGCGAAACCUUUUGCCUGAUCGAGCACUACUACCCGUAUCCAUAG